UCAGUCCGGGCGGGCUUGCUACUCAGCUCGGAUCGUUUGGCAGGUUCUCACUGGGCUGUGUGAGCGCUGGCCCGGCAGGAUCCUUUGCAACCUCUACUUCAUUUCUCCGCUGUCACGGGGAAUGCAUUUCUCUCGGAACCCACUGGCACGCUCCCGGAAAGGCGACAAGAUAUUCAAGACCCUUUCAAUUUCCUGUCAGUGAACACUGAGUCCGGCAUCUCGAGCAUCCGCGGUUGGCAGUUUUGCCAGGUCACCUUGAAAAAUGGUUACUGGACAGGAUCGGGUGGUUGCUCUAGUGGACAUGGAUUGUUUUUUUGUGCAAGUGGAGCAGCGGCAAAAUCCUCAUUUGAAGAAUAAACCUUGUGCAGUCGUACAGUACAAAUCAUGGAAGGGUGGUGGAAUAAUUGCAGUGAGUUAUGAAGCUCGUGCAUUUGGGGUCACUAGAAGCAUGUGGGCAGAUGAUGCUAAGAAGUUAUGUCCAGAUCUUUUACUGGCACAAGUUCGUGAGUCCCGUGGGAAAGCUAACCUCACAAAAUAUCGGGAAGCCAGUGUUGAAGUGAUGGAGAUAAUGUCUCGUUUUGCUGUGAUUGAACGUGCCAGCAUUGAUGAGGCUUACAUAGAUCUGACGCGUGCUGUCCAAGAGAGACUACAGGAGCUACAAGGUCAGCAUAUCUCAGCAGACUUGCUGCCAAGCACUUACAUUGAAGGAUUUCCCCAAGGCCCUACAACAGCAGAAGAGACUGUUCAGAAAGAUGAUAUGCGACAACAAGGCUUAUUACAAUGGCUUGAUUCUCUUCAGAUUGAUAACAUCACCUCUCCAGACCUGCAGCUCACCGUGGGAGCAGUGAUUGUGGAAGAGAUGAGAGCAGCCAUAGAGAGGCAGACUGGUUUUCAGUGUUCAGCUGGAAUUUCACACAAUAAGGUCCUAGCAAAACUGGCCUGUGGACUAAACAAGCCUAACCGCCAGACCCUGGUCUCACAUGGGUCAGUCCCACAGCUCUUUAGCCACAUGCCUAUUCACAAAAUUCGCAGUCUUGGAGGAAAGCUAGGGGCCUCUGUCACUGAAAUCCUAGGGGUAGAAUACAUGGGUGAACUGACCCAGUUCACUGAAUCCCAGCUCCAGAGUCAUUUUGGGGAGAAGAAUGGGUCUUGGCUAUAUGCCAUGUGCCGAGGGAUUGAACAUGAUCCAGUUAAACCCAGGCAACUACCCAAAACCAUUGGCUGUAGCAAGAACUUUCCAGGAAAAACAGCUCUGGCUACUCGGGAACAGGUACAAUGGUGGCUUUUGCAGUUAGCUCAGGAACUAGAGGAGAGACUGACCAAAGACCAAAACGAUAAUAACAGGGUGGCCAACCAGUUGGCUGUUAGCAUUCGUGUACAAGGAGACAAACGUCUCAGCAGCUUGCGCCGCUGCUGUGCCCUUACUCGCUAUGAUGCUCACAAGAUAAGCCAUGACGCAUUUGCUGUCAUUAAGAACUGUAAUACUUCUGGAAUUCAAACAGAAUGGUCCCCUCCCCUCACAAUGCUGUUCCUCUGUGCUACCAAAUUCUCUGCCUCUGCCCCUUCAUCUUGCACAGACAUCACCAUUUUCUUGAGCAGUGACCCAAGUUCUCCGCCAAAGGUGCCAAUUACCAGUUCAGAAGCUAAGACCCAAGGAAAUAGCCCAUUGGUGACAGGCAUUAAGAAAGUAACCACCUCUCUGGAAUCAUUCUUCCAAAAAGCUGCAGAAAAGCAGAAAAUCAAAGAAGCUUCACUUUCAUCUCUUACUGCCACUAUCCAGGCCUCCACAAGCAAUCCACCACCUAAGCCCUCAUUACCUUUCCAAACCAGUCGAAUUACAGGUACUGAGCCCUUCUUUAAGCAAAAAAGUCUGCUUCUAAAGCAGAAACAGCUUAAUAAUUCUUCAGUUUGUUUCCCUCCACAAAACCCACAGUCCAACUCUAAAGGGUUAACAAACUAUUUUCCAAUAGAGUAUCCAGAUUGUGCCCCCGUUUGUGAAGGAGCAUUGAAGCUAGAAUCCUCUAAAACAACUCCUACAGAGAUGCAUUUGGCCCAGAACAGCCCAAGCAAGCUUGCUUCUUCAGCUUCCAAGUCGGCUCUGGAGGUGGCUCCAGAGGCUACUACCUCGAGUCUUCUUGCUGCUGAGGACCAAGUACCCUGUGAGAAGUGUGGCUCCCUGGUACCAGUAUGGGAGAUGCCAGAACACAUUGACUAUCAUUUUGCAUUGGAAUUGCAGAAAUCCUUUUUGCAGCCCCACUCCUCAACCCCCCAGGUUGUUCCUGCCAUUUCUCCUCAAGGUAAAAGAAAUCCCAAGAGCCCUUUGGCUUCCAGUAAGAAGCGCCUUAGACCUGAGGGCAUGCUGACAUUGGAAUCAUUUUUUAAGCCAUUAACACAUUAGUGCUGCCCUCAGGCUUGCUGCAGGAUUUUAAUAUUUUAUCUGUAGCCUGGGAAGAGGAAAUAUGUUCACUUCUUAAGGAAAUCUAUACCAUGAAAUUUUUUGUACAAAAAAUAAUCCAGCUAAAGUGCUGGGGUAAUGUUCCUAUCUCUUCAUAGGCAUGGAUUAUAAUCCCAUUGCUGAUAGAGAUGUAAAAAUUCAUCCUCCCAUUGAUUUUUAGUCUAAAGAGUUUAGGGAGACAGUGUCAUAUGGUAAAAAGUGUUUGGGCCUUGGGGCCUAAGAGACCCGGUUUCAAACCUAGCUCUGCUUCUUAUUAUGCAUAUGGCCUUGAGCAAGUCACUUUCUUCACUUCUUCAUCUGUAAAACAGAGAAGUGUACAGAUUAUUGAAGAUUAAAAACGAUAUAUUUAAAGUGACUAACAACAUUGGCACAGAAAAGGAACUGAGUUUAAAAAAAAAACGUUUAAAAAUAAAUUUCUGGGGCUGGCCCAUGGCUCACUCGGGAGAGUAUGGUGUUGAUAACACCAAGGCCAUGGGUUUGGAUCCCAUAUAUAGGGAUGGCUGGUUAGCUCACUGGGUGAGCAUGGUGCUGACAACACCAAGUCAAGGGUUAAGAUCCCCUUACCGGUCAUCGUUAAAAAAAAAACCACAAAAAAAUAGAUCAUCUCUAGAACCUUGUUACUCCAAGUGUAAUUUGGAGCGUCACUGCAGUAUCAGCAUCACCAGGGAACUUGUAAGAAAUAGUCUCUGCCUCAUCACCACUCCUUCUGAGUCAGAACUGCAUGUUAACAGGACUCCCCAAUGUGUAAAGUUUGAGAAAUACUGAUCUAGAAGAUACCAAUGACUAGGUUUGUAAGGGACAAUGACAUUUCCUCAAGCCCUAAAGUAUAAGAGGUAAAUGCUUGGGCCUUUAGGGUCAAUGGCAUGUUCAUCUCUUCCCUAUUGAAGCAUGAAUCAAUAUUUAGGUUAGGGUUUUUAAUUCAUUAUUGUAGCUUUUGCACUUAUCCAUAUUUAUCGUACUGUAUGCUUAAUCUCCACUCGUGUGUGUGGGAAUUCAGCUCUUUGGGCUUUUCUGAAUUACACAGAGAACCCAACUGGAGAUGCAGUGAGCUAGGUGGUGGUGGGUUAAGUGCGUAAGGAGAAUGGUGUACAUAUCCUUCCUCCCAUACAUAUACAUAAACCAACUUACACUUAGCUUUUUAUAAACUGGGGGUCUGUAUUUAGUUUGAAGAAAGGGAGUAAGGUUUGGAAACUACUGGGUCUAGUAGAUUAUUUUUUCCUUCAAAAAUAUUUUUCACUUUUAUGGCACUUGAAUCUAGUAAAAAACAGUAUCCACUGUGUAUAUGGCCUUUUCCCUACUAAUUUGUACCUUCUUAAAGGCAAUAAUUCUUUACAGUGCCUUGCAUACAGCAGGUGCUUGAUAUUCAUUGGAUAAAGGAACAUAGUGAAAUUUAUAUCUGAGUACCAAAACUGAGACAAUAAAAAUGUACAAACUCAUUUGAAGCCUGCUUUAUAUACCUUUUUAUCCCCUAAAUGUUCCAUUAAUUUAGCAAAGUGGCUCGCUAGUUCCUGGAGAUGUCUCAUUGAGUACUAAGAUGUGAUUUUCCAAAACUUCAUUUCUUUUUUUUUGGCAAGUGGCCAGUAUGGGGAUCUGAACCCUUGACCUUGGUAUUAUAACACCACACUCUAACUUAGCUAACCGGCCAGCCCCAAAUUUCCUUCUUAAUCCAGGGAAAAGUAAACCAAAAAAAGUGAAUGAAGCAUUCAUCAUUUUGGCGUGCUGUACAAGUCAAGUUGAAUAAAUUUUUAACAGUUGGGUUGACUGGCAUGAAAGAGUCAUAUAGAAAAGUAAUGUGGUAGGGGCCGGCCCGUGGCUCACUCGGUAGAGUGCGGUGCUGAUAACACCAAGGCCAUGGGUUCGGAUCCUAUAUAGGGAUGGCCGGUUUGCUCACUGGCUGAGCGUGGUGCUGACAACACCAAGCCAAGGGUUGAGAUCCCCUUACCGGUCAUCUUUUUCAAAAAAAAAAAAGAAAAGAAAAGUAAUGUGGUAGAAACUUAGGUUUCAUUGGACUUCUAGAGGCUCAAACUGGUAGAGUUGGGCAGGGGGGGCAGGCAGCAGCUAAUAGAUGACCAAUAAAGACAAUCCCAGCAGCACACCUGUUUUCGUUAGAAUGCUAACCCUGCCCUAGCAUACUGGCAGUAAGUCUGAGGAGGAGACAGCAGACAGACAAGCAAAGGUUAAGUGCUGAGUGAAAGCUGAUUAUAACCUUUCCUUUCUCAGCUGUUUGUCAGCUAUUGUACAAAGGAAGUUAAUAGCUCUUAGCUUCUAAUACAGGAGGAAGUUAAACCAGUGAUAUUUUAAAAAGUGGCUGAGUGGUAGGGAAACUAUCACUUUAAUACUCUAGAGGCAGACUGUCACAUAGGACCUUGGGCCACAUUUAUCGUAUUUCUUUUGCCAGUGUCAAGAUGCAGUUUGUUUUUUUGCAGUUGACUUCAGACUUGGGCCCUAUUUCUCUACCCGUAAAAUGUGAUAGUCAGGUAGUCUGAACAUGGAAACAGGAAGCGGGACUAAUGUUUAGCGAGGUGGGCCUCAUACCUCCAAGAAUCUAGUUUAGGCUAUAUAAACCUGAAAAGUGUGAGGACUACCAGAUUACCAUUUGUCUCUAAAUUCUACUCUUCUUUAAGUAACUGGCACUCUAAUCUCCAAAUCUCUGAUAGGGCACAGGAGAGCUCCUUACCACUGUGACCACUGGCAAGUGGCCAACUCCUCAAAUAUAGGGUAACUACCUAUUUCAGCUGAAAAGGCCUUAAUAUCUGUUUCUAUUCUGCUUACUCAGCUAUACAAAACAGGACAGAAUACUUGUUUACAAUACUGAAACAUUUGUCCUAUGUUGGGGAGAGGAAAAAAAAAAAUGGCAAAUGAGAUACCAGGUGGGUUAUUUCUCCAGUCAGUGCUCAGCAAUGUCAGGGUUUCACUUGUCUCUAUAAUCCUGGAGAGGAAUCUAGUUCUGGAAGCUGAGCCUGUGUUUUAAGGAUAAGCACAGUGUAUUCAAUAAAACGUUUUUAUU